UAUUUUCUUCUUUCUUUUAUUUAUUCUUUUUCCUUAAGCAUCUCCGCCCCCGUGUAAUCCGAGUCUUCGUCAUUAAGCAAAAAAACACCUUAACUUUCUUCAUCCUUCAAAUAUCUAUAUAAAUGGCAUCUCAAUCCAUAAUCAUAAUAAUCAUCUCACUUUCUCUAAUUAUCAUAUCAUCAUCAAUGGCGGAAACCCAAUCAUCUGUACCAGCAGCAGCAGCAGCUGUCCCAGUUAAGGAAACAGCUGCAGUUCAUAUUGUUUACACUGACCGACCCGUCGAUGAAGACCUUGAAAUUUUUCAUAUGCGAACACUCUCUUCAGUUCUUGGCAGUGAGGAGGCAGCACAAGGGGCUUUGCUGUACACUUACAAGCAUGCGGCUUGUGGGUUUUCUGCCAAGCUUACUCCCAAGCAAGUUGAAGAACUUUCAAAACGACCAGGUGUUCUCCAAGUGAUAGAGAGCAGGACUAUGCAGCUCCAUGAUGCACCGGCAAACGUCUAGAAUCUACAACUCAAUGGCUGAAGGACUGACUGUCUUACGUUUUAAAACACUUCUAAUAUGUAGUCUCUGUAAGAUACAAAUGCUUUUACACAACAUCUCUGUAUAUGUAUACUUUCGGUUUUCAACCAUAAUAACUUGGGUAACUUGAGUUAA